AUGUCUGAUUAUAGUAUCGGUAAUGAAUUAAAAGAUAGUUAUAAAGAAACUUAUAAUUGGUGUUCAUAUAAUAUCAAAUGGUUGCGUGACGUCCAGAAUUUUUAUAAACAAAGAGCCAAUUUAGAAAAAGAAUAUAGCGAAAAGUUAAACCAAUUAACCAAUGAUUUUUUAAAGAAGAAAGCUGAGAGUUCGGUUCCAUUAAGCGUUGGUGAUUCUCCGGUAAUUACACCAGGUUCUGCUGAGUCAGGUACCGUUAUGUGUUGGACUGAAAUUUUAACCGAAACUCAGAUGAUUGGUAAGGAUCAUUCACAAUUAUCAGAAGAAUUACAAUUCCAAGUGGUUGAUCAAAUAGAUGCAUUAAUUAAAAAAUCAAACAGUAUGUUGAGCGGUAUUAACGGAUUUGUUUCUGAAUUGGAUUCUAGAAAAUAUGAAAUUUAUCAUGGAUUAGAUAAGGCCAAAAAAAAUUACGACUAUAGUUGCGAAGAUUUAGAAAAUAUCCGAUCAAAAAUAGCUAAUGGUAAUAAUAGUGUAAGAUUAAAGGAGAAAUUGCAAUCUAAAGAAAAUGAAAUGAACAAUUGCAAAAAUGACUACCUAAUUCAAGUGAAUUUGGCCAAUAGAACAAAGGAUAAAUAUUAUUUUCAAGAUUUACCAGAAAGUUUAGACUUAUUACAAAACUUGGUUCAAUAUAAGACUUUACAAUUAAACAACUUGAAUAAUAUUGCCACGAAUUUACAACGUUCUAUGGAUCUUAGAAUUGGGAAAAAAUUAGACUUGAUGGAAUCUACGAUUAAUAGCACAACACCUGAUUUAGAUAUCAAAAUGUUUAUUAAGCAUAAUAAGAAACAAUGGAGCGAACCCAAAGAUUUCCAAUACAUUGCGUCUCCUAUUUGGCAUGAGGAUGCCUCGUUUGUUGUUAAAGAUGAUGCUAACUUAACUCAUUUGAAAAAUAGGCUAGCCUUAUCCCAAAGCAAAGAACAUCAAAUGGAUGAAGUGAUGACUACAGAAAUAGACUCUUUGUCCGAAUUAAAACAAAAUACUUUAAGCAACAGUGUGAUAAUGUCUGGGAUAGAACCAGAAAAUUUGUUAAAGUCAAUGACUGAAUAUGUAAGGACACUAGCAUCUUUCACCAACCAUGAAAGUAAUAAAUUAGAAGCCACUGUUUGCAUAGAAAGCAUAGUUAAUAAUUUAGGCUCAAAAUACGAUUUGGACACUAGUGGUAUUGAUGUCAGUUCUUUGAAUAAAAAAAGCGGUGGUAUAUUAAACAAGUUUAAAAAUACCUUGAAAUUGGAAACACCUAAAAGAAUGUUGUAUUCUAGCUCUAGUGAUAGCGGUGUAUCUGAAGUAUUGCACAGCAGUGGUGGUGGUGAAAGUGCCGUUGGCGGAUUGCUAAGUGGCUUAACUCGUAAAAAUCAUCAUUCUUCCAAGUUAGGUGGGCUAUUUGGCAGUGGAAUAAGAAGUCGAAGCAAUACUAUUCGGUCAACAACAUCUUCUAGGGCAAAUGUACCAGUAAAUAAUAGAAUUAGUUCUAUUGAUAGUAACACUUUAUCUUCUGAAGAGAGCGAGUAUGACAAUAAUUUGGAUGACUCGGAUGAUGACAAUGAAUAUGCCACUAACGAUACAAAUCCAGUUAAAGUUAAAGUGUUAUAUUCAUAUGAAAAAACGGAUGAUAGUGAAUUAACGAUAAACACUGGUGAUUCUUUAUCAUUAAUAGCACCAGAUACAAAUGGCUGGACUCAAGUGAAAAACGACAGUACUGGUGAAAUCGGCCUGGUACCAACAAGUUAUGUAGAAGUUUCCAAAAGUUCAGCUACUACUGCUCCACAAUUACCUGGUAAAAGAAAGAAUAAUUUAAACGAUGAUAACGGCGGAACCACUGUUACUGCAUUGUAUAGUUAUGAAGCACAGGGAAAUGAUGAACUAAGUAUUACAGCGGGUGAUAGUGUUAAAGUUGUGCAUAAAGAUGAUGGUAGUGGCUGGACUUUGGGCGAAUUAAAUGGUUCUACUGGAUUGUUUCCAACAAGUUAUUGUAGUUAG